AGCGAAGAAGAAGCGUCACGUGACAGCGAAGAAGAAGCGUCACGUGACUGCAGCUCUUUGGAAAUUCACGGUGGUAGCAUCAGCUGAUUGUUUGUUUAAACGUUCAGAGGACCGAGCUCACUGUGGAAACGCUCCGGACGGGCUCGUCGUGUUUUGGAUUCGGAGCCGGCGGUUCUCCUGACUUCCUGUGACGGAACCGGCUUGGGUCCUCGGAGCUGCCAUGGCGGACGAUCUGAAGAGGUUCCUGUACAAACAGAUGCAGAGUGUUGACGGGCUUCACGCUAUCGUGGUGACGGACCGAGACGGCGUCCCGGUAAUCAAAGUUGCCAACGACAGCGUUCCGGUGCACGCGCUCAGACCGGGCUUCCUGUCCACGUUCGCUCUGGCCACGGAUCAGGGGAGCAAGCUGGGCCUCUCCAAGAACAAGAGCAUCAUCUGCUACUACAACACCUACCAGAUCAUGCAGUUUAACCGCCUGCCGCUGGUCGUCAGCUUCAUCGCCAGCAGCAGCGCCAACACAGGCCUCAUCAUGACUCUGGAGAAGGAGCUGGCUCCUCUGAUGGAGGAGCUGAGGCAGGUGGUGGAGGUCACAUAAAGUCCCAUGAUGCUUUGCUAAGAAAACCCGCCUACAGUUUCUACCGUCGCCUCUGCUGCAAACUUCUCACCUUGCGUUGUCAUUUCUAACUCUUGAAUAAAAGCUUUUCCAUCAGGA